AGUUGAACUCCGUAGAAGAUUAGAAUCUGUAUUAUCACUUUGUUGAGUUGAGUGGAGCUGAUUGGCGGCCAAGAUGAUAACAAUGGAGGGUCUCGUACUCAAACUCCCCUCUCCUCUCCGAAUCGUCCGAAGACCUAACCCUAAUCAUCCCUAUCGUGUCUUCCGCUCUGUAUGCUUAGCUUCUUCCGCUGCUCCUGCUCCUCUAUCCACUGACCCGAAACUCGGUCCUGGAUCACUCGGUCAUCUUACACGCCCCGAUUUCCCCAUCCUCCAUCAGGAGUUGAAUGGGAAAAAGCUUGUGUAUUUGGAUAAUGCGGCUACGUCGCAGAAGCCGGCGGCGGUUUUGAAUGCUUUGCAGAAUUAUUAUGAGGCUUAUAAUUCCAAUGUUCAUCGUGGGAUUCAUUAUUUGAGUGCAAAGGCAACUGAUGAAUAUGAAUUAGCGAGGCAAAAGGUUGCGAAUUUUAUAAAUGCGUCACAGUGUAGGGAGAUUGUGUUUACAAGAAAUGCUACCGAGGCCAUCAACUUAGUGGCUUACAGUUGGGGCCUAUCAAAUUUGAAGAAGGGGGAUGAGGUUGUGCUUACAGUCGCUGAACAUCACAGUGCUAUUGUUCCUUGGCAAUUUGUAGCUCAAAGGACUGGUGCAGUUUUGAAGUUUGUAAGUUUAACAGAAGAUGAAAUUCCAGACGUCGACAAACUAAGGGAAAUGCUCUCAAGACAGACAAAACUUGUUGUUGUUCACCAUGUCUCUAAUGUGCUUGCUUCUGUUCUUCCAAUUGAUCAAAUUGUGAGUUGGGCACAUGAUGUUGGAGCCAAAGUGCUUGUAGAUGCUUGUCAAAGUGUUCCUCAUAUGGUGGUUGAUGUAAAGGGCCUUGAUGCUGAUUUUCUGGUUGCUUCUUCUCAUAAGAUGUGUGGGCCUACAGGCAUCGGGUUCUUAUAUGGAAAAUAUGAGCUCUUGUCUACCAUGCCUCCUUUCUUAGGUGGUGGUGAAAUGAUAUCAGAUGUAUAUUUGGAUCAUUCUACCUAUGCUGAACCUCCUUCCAGAUUUGAAGCUGGAACUCCUGCUAUUGGGGAAGCCAUUGCGUUGGGAGCAUCAAUUGAUUAUUUAUCAGGCAUUGGAAUGCAAAAUAUUCAUGAUUAUGAGGUAGAGCUAGCCAACUAUUUAUAUGAUAGCUUGUGCUCAGUGCCCAAUGUCCGUGUCUAUGGUCCGGCCCCUUCGAGAACUGUUAAGAGAGCAGCACUUUGUUCUUUCAAUGUGGAAGAUGCUCAUCCAACGGAUAUUGCUACUUUUCUUGAUCAGCAGCAUAGUGUAGCUAUUAGAUCGGGUCAUCAUUGUGCUCAGCCCCUUCAUCGCUAUUUGGGAGUGAAUGCAAGUGCGAGGGCAAGCCUUCAUUUCUACAACACGAAAGAGGACGUGGAUGACUUCAUCCAGGCUCUCAACGACACCAUCAGCUUUUUUGCAUCUUUCAAGUAAGUGGUUUACAGCAAAAGCAAGAGGAGAAAAUGGUUUGUAAGACAGUGUUAACGCCUGUCCUGUGAAAUUAUAGCGACGAACAACCCCCAACUUCAGUGAAAUGUCGUGUAUAUGCAUAGAAAUGUUUGUUUUAUGGCUUUCUCUUUUCUUAUUAUUUGUUAUAUGCAGUUAAUCGCCUAAAAAUUCGAGACA